CAUUCUGGUCCGCUCUGGAUUGUAGCUGAUGUUACUAUUACCGCCGAGGGGCAGAGCAGGGCGUGCUGCAUGAGUGUGCGAUGCUUUGUGUCGAGUGAGCCCCGAACCCUGUCGUCGAAUCUGGGUCAGGAAGACGAGAUUCUCCUCAAUGGGCAACACCAGCUUCACCGAGGGGAAGACGGCCUUAACCCUGGGCAACACCAGCAUAAAGAGGGGAAAGACCAAGCUUGCCAUGGGGAGCUCCUCCAUCACCAGAGGCAGGAGCACGACAUCUCUGGGCUCCUCCACCAUUACCAGUGGAAAGACCAAGAUCUCCCUGGGCAGCGCCUCCUUCAGCAGGGGCUCCACCACCACCUCUUUUCGGAAGGCCCUCUUCCCCAAACGCAAGACGCUCUAGAUGAGAGGGGACCUCAUCGUGGGGUGGGGGGACUGGCACAAAAUGUCACAAGAAAACAGCACCACUACAGAGAACAUAGGGACACUACAGCAUCUGCACAGGGUCUAUUCCAACUGAGAGCGAAAACUGGAUUAAAUUUACUUUGGGACCUUUGACUUGUUUUGGUCAUGCCGGAUUCAUCAAGGAAACAGUCUAGGCAUAACCAGCAGGAUCAGAUGACACAGGCGGACUCCUCACUGGUCUCAGCAUUGUGUAACACCAACAAGUGCUGUGU